AUGCCGGGAGCUCUUCGGACAGGUGCUGCGGUGCGGGGAUGUCUGGGCGCGGGGCCCCGACCAGACCGGGGCCGGGGCGGGUUGGAGGUGCGUGAGGUGCCGCGGGCGCUGGGCAUCGAGGAAGAGCCCAGCGGCGCUCAAGACGCAAGCCAGGGCUUCCAGGUGGUCACCUUCGAAUGGCACCACGUCCAGGACCCGUACAUCAUCGCGCUCUGGAUCCUCGUGGCCAGCGUGGCCAAGAUCGGCUUCCACCUGUCCCACAAGGUCACCAGCGUGGUGCCGGAGAGCGCCCUGCUCAUCGUGCUGGGGCUGGUGCUGGGCGGCAUCGUCUGGGCCGCCAACCACAUCGCGUCCUUCACGCUCACGCCCACCGCCUUCUUCUUCUACCUGCUGCCGCCCAUCGUGCUGGACGCCGGCUACUUCAUGCCCAACCGGCUCUUCUUCAGCAACCUGGGCACCAUCCUGCUGUACGCCGUCGUGGGCACCGUGUGGAACGCCGCCACCACAGGCCUGUCCCUCUACGGCGUCUUCCUCAGCGGCCUGAUGGGGGACCUGGACAUCGGGCUGCUGGACUUCCUCCUGUUCGGCAGCCUGAUCGCUGCCGUGGACCCGGUGGCCGUCCUGGCCGUGUUCGAGGAGGUGCACGUCAACGAGGUGCUGUUCAUCAUCGUCUUCGGGGAGUCGCUGCUGAACGACGCCGUCACGGUGGUCCUGUACAACGUGUUCGAAUCGUUCAUCACGCUGGGCGGGGACAAUGUGACCGGCGUAGACUACGUGAAAGGCAUAGUGUCCUUCUUCGUGGUGGGCCUGGGGGGCAUGCUGGUGGGGGUCCUGUUCGCCUUCCUGCUGUCCCUGGUGACACGCUUCACCAAGCACGUGCACAUCAUCGAGCCCGCCUUCGUGUUCAUCAUCUCCUACCUGUCCUACCUCACCUCCGAGAUGCUGUCCCUGUCUUCCAUCCUGGCCAUCACCUUCUGCGGCAUCUGCUGCCAGAAGUACGUGAAGGCCAACAUCUCGGAGCAGUCCGCCACCACCGUGCGCUACACCAUGAAGAUGCUGGCCAGCGGGGCCGAGACCAUCAUCUUCAUGUUCCUGGGCAUCUCGGCCGUGGACCCGCUCAUCUGGAGGUGGAACACGGCCUUCGUGCUGCUGACGCUGGUCUUCAUCUCCGUGUACCGGGCCGUCGGCGUCGUCCUGCAGACCUGGGUCCUGAACCGGUACCGCAUGGUGCAGCUGGAGGUCAUCGACCAGGUGGUCAUGUCCUACGGCGGCCUGCGCGGGGCUGUGGCUUUCGCACUGGUCGUCCUCCUGGAUGAGGACAAGGUCAAGGAGAAGAACCUCUUCGUCAGCACUACCAUCAUCGUCAUCUACUUCACUGUCAUCUUCCAGGGCCUGACCAUCAAGCCCCUGGUGCAGUGGCUGAAGGUGAAGAAGAGUGAGCACCACGAGCCCAAGCUCAACGAGAAGCUGCACGGCAGGGCUUUCGACCACAUCCUCUCGGCCAUCGAGGACAUAUCAGGGCAAAUCGGACACAAUUAUCUCAGGGACAAGUGGUCCAAUUUUGAUAGGAAAUUCCUCAGCAAAAUCCUCAUGAGAAGGUCCGCCCAAAAGUCACGCGACCGAAUCCUUAACGUGUUCCACGAGCUGAACCUGAAGGACGCCAUCAGCUACGUGGCCGAGGGAGAGCGCCGUGGGUCCCUGGCCUUCAUCCGCUCGCCCAGCACGGAGAACAUGGUCAACGUGGACUUCGGCACACCGCGCCCCUCCACGGUGGAGGCGUCCGUCUCCUACCUGCUGAGGGAGAACGUCAGUGCCGUGUGCCUGGACAUGCAGUCCCUGGAGCAGAGGAGACGCAGCAUCCGCGACACGGAGGACAUGGUCACGCACCACACGCUGCAGCAGUACCUGUACAAGCCGCGGCAGGAGUACAAACACCUGUACAGCCGCCACAAGUUGACUCCUGAGGAGGACGAGAAGCAGGACAAGGAGAUCUUCCGCAGGACCAUGCGGAAGCGCAUGGAGUCCUUCAAGUCGGCCAAGCUGGGCAUCGGCCAGAACAAGAAGGCGGCCAAGCUGUACAAGCGGGAGCGCGCCCAGAAGCGGAGGAACAGCAGCGUCCCCAACGGGAAGCUGCCCAUGGAGAACCUCAUGCACAACUUCACCAUCAAGGAGAAAGAUUUGGAACUUUCGGACCCGGAGGAGAACCCCGACCACGACGUGGAGGAGAUGAGUGGGGGGAUCGAGUUCCUGGCAAACGUCACCAGGGACACAGCAACAGACUCCCCCUCAGGAAUUGACAACCCUGUGUUCUCCCCGGACGAGGACCCAAGCAUCCUGUCCAGGAUGCCACCCUGGCUGUCCCCCGGGGAGACGGUGGUGCCCUCCCAGAGGGCCCGCGUGCAGAUCCCCUACUCCCCGGGCAACUUCCGUCGUCUGACACCCUUCCGCCUCAGCAACAAGUCAGUGGACUCCGUCCUGCAGGCCGAAGGCCCCAAGGAGCAGCCCCACACCUCCCUGCCUGAGUCCAUGCACAUGUAACUGGCCCCUCGCCUUCCCUGAACCCUAACUCCUGCUCUCUCCCUAGCUCCUCUGCCACUCUCGGCUCUGGACCUGACCUCCGCAGACUUUCUCCCGUAGCUGCCCUUCCUCCUGCUAAGCCUGUUCUCAAAGCCUCUCACUCUGCUGCACGUUUCUUAGGAGACCUUCUGACUCUGCUUCUUGCUUCUGCAGCUGGGAUGUCGGGAUCCAGAGCUGUUUCAGGAUUUGACUAUUUUAGCUUCUUGAUUAGAAUUCACUCUUAGAUUGUCAGUUUGACCACUAACGACUAACUACUCUGAAAUAGUGUUUGAUCCCUGUGGCCAGCCAUGAGUCCACGUCACACGCUCAUAGGGGACCGGGCACUGGCCUGGCGGGGUGCUAUGUGGAAAGGGAACGUCUACCUUCCUCCCUGAUGGCCCCCGGGCCUUGGGAAACACCCAUGUGACAAGUGAGUCCAGGAGAGAAGCAGUGGGUCCCU